AUGAAUUAGCAAAGUUUUGUAUAAGUUGCUUAGGAAUAUGAUUAGGUGAAAAAAAGAGUCAAUUCAUUGAAAUUUUAAUUAAGAGAUAUUGAUUAAAAGAAUCAUGUAUUGUAGACAAAAUUAAAGGAUCUGAGAUAGAUAUCUCCUAAAUUAUAAAAAUCACCAAUUACAUAAUUAUAAGAAUAAUUUAGAUUAGAUAGAAAAUAGAUAAUUGAGUAAUUCAAACCAAUAGUGGAAAAAGAAGGAAUUUAUUUACGAAAUGAAAGGCUAAAAACAGAAACCUAAUUGCAAUAAUCCAAAAUAUGGGAAAUUUAACAGAAAAAAAUGAAGGUAAAAUUAAUAGAAGAGUUUGAUUCGGAAGUAACUAAAAGAAGAAUAGAAUUUUAAGAAAAAAAAAUAAAAGAAGUUAGGUAAAGAUAAUUAUAAGAAAUGGAAAUGAAUAGAUUAAUUCUAAAUAAAAAGCUUAUAGAAAUAAGUAAAUUAAAAAAAUAAGAAAAAGAAUUAAUAGUGGAAAUAUAAAGGUACAUUUUUCUAUAUAAAAUUAGUGCUAAAAACAAAGAAUAAAAAUUAUGCAAUAAAUUUUGUAAUGCUUUAGUUACCAAUGAUAAUAGUGUCAUUCUACCAUCAAUUUAGAAAUCAAAUAGUAGAAUGAGCUAAAAGUCUAGUUCAAAAUAAUAAAAAAAGAGUUGCUAACGCAUCUAAAAAUCAGGCAAAGCCAAUGAAAGAGUUUAAAGAAGCGAAACAAGAAACGACAAUUAAAUUAUAGAAUAUGAAGAAAAUAGAAGAUUAUAAUUAAAUUCAAGAAAAAAGUCUUAAUCUAUAGAUUAACUAAAUAUUGCUUGUUAAACUAGUUUUCUCAUUACAGAUUAAAAUUAGGAAAGUGUUUAAUACUCUUAAGAUUAUGAAUCAUAUUUGAAUAGCUAGAAGGAUUAAACACUUGAAAAAUCCUAACCAAAUUUAACUUCAGAAGAAAGCAAAGAUUAAUUAAAAUAAAAUAAAGUAACUAAAAAAAACGAUGAUUAUAUAUGA